AUGUAUAUUCAGAAACUUUACGUUCAUUUUUACACGAGCCCUUUUAUUCGCUGUGAAAAGGCUUUAGAUAAUUUCUACGAUUCUACUAAGAGCAAAGAGGAACUGAAGAAGAGACUGAGAAGGAUAACGAAGAAGAGAGCGAAGAGGCAGAGGCGAGAGCGUGAGGAAGAGGAGGACGAUGAUAAAGAAGAACAAGAAAUGAAGAUAAAAAUGACCGAUGACGAUGAGUCAGUAGAAGUAACACCAGCAUCUUCAGAAGAGAAUGAUACCGACUAUCAACAGACGUAG